UUCUGAGCUGAAAUUGCAUUUUUGUGGUUGGAACUAUACUAACAUUAUAAGGCUAUCCGUGAAUUGUCAUUCGCACCGGACUGUCAUUUCUCAGAAAUAGGAGGAACUGGAGCCUGACACGAACAUCAAAUAUUAUCCUCCAGGGAGCCAACACACAUUCCAAAAAGAGAUAUAUGUAUAUUAUACAUGUAGUAAAUGUUUGUUGCAUCGCUAGGCUUCGAAUUUACUGGCAUUGGUCAUUGAUUGCUUGAUUAUUUAAUAACAUGGUUAUCAUAAGUUUCAAUGUAGAGAAACAAAAUGAAGAUAUACAUCAUGUUUAUACACAUAUAUACAUAAUAAACAAUGUAUGCUACUACCACUCGAAUGACAACAAAAUGUAGGCAUCGAUCCCAGUAUACAUCUAUAUGCAUGUAAGGGGAGCGGUCUACUUUUGCAGUCAUGACAAGAGAUCGCCGCUGAAGACUGGUUUAUGUUUUUUAAAACAAAGAAAAAUACACUGUAGUCAUGUAUUAUAGCGGAUCUACUUGGGGGACAAUGGGGAGAGGAGGUGGUUUUAGUCUAAAAAACCCUCUUGUGCCGGAAAAAUAGAAAAAAAAUCGUGCAGAAAAAGAUAGCAAAUGCCUACUAUUUUCAACUCCUAUCCCCCUUGGCAGCUGAACUCUCUCGUAAUCCAAAAAGUUUGCAGACGCCCCCCCCCCUAAAAAAAACAUUGUUUUUAUUUUGGAAUAAAACACACAAGUUGAAAAUGUAUUUGAAAAACGAAUUUGUUGAAGUACUUGCAACGCAACUGUAAUUGGUGGUAUCACUUUGCGGAAAUACAAAACUCAAUAAAAUCAUGUUAAUUUAAAUUUCUUUAACAGAAAAUUGAAAUGCCUUUAGCGAAAUGGAAAUGCCAAAUUCACCUAUUUCAAGCGAAAUCGAAAACCAGUAAAUGACAUGAGAUUUGGUACAUGUAAACAUUUGACCACAUGAUUAUUUGAAGAAAAAACACGAAAUCCCAAACUAUAGCUGCGAAUUAGAAACCGCAUGCAUAACCUAUACUCCCUGAAACCUCGUGAAAUGGCAUAAACUCUCUGUUACGAAAAAGAACGGGAAAACAUACACGGAUAAUCAGAAAAUAUUGGAAGAUCCGGGUAUCGAUCCCGGAACCUCUCGCAUGCUAAGCGAGCGCUCUUCCAAUUGAGCGCUCUACCAACCCCGAUAUAUUCACAUGACUCUUUAUAUUUUUAAUAUCUUGCAGUUCAUGAAGCCAAGGACGGCCGCCCUAUUAAGUCAAGUCAGGACACUUUGCCCAGCUUUUCGAAAAUAGUUCUUAGAUAAGAAAUCUUAUAGUUAUUGACACUGGUAACAGACUUCUUGGCAAAAUUACGCCAAUUUGAAGUUUGUGGGCCCUCAUGAACAGGUCAAGUGUACUUGUUUCCCUUUUCUACCGCCCAAUGAACCUAUUUGUAAUAUCGAAACCGUGCAAUCAAAAACAAAGCAAUCAAAUUGGGCCACAUGAAAAGAAUGGCACCUCCAUCUGUAAUUGAAAAAUGUGUCACUAAUUUUCUGAGCUUGGGACGAGCCUCGAAUGCUAUUUUCAUCAUGUACCUAUGUAUUCCAUGACACCAACUUCAUGUAAAUAACAGCGCUGCGUCUCUGGGACUCGAAAAUUACGAUGAACAGUAUUGAUCCCGCAGACUUAAAUUGGUUCGACGCUCUUCCAUGGUCCUGAAUUUACUCAUUUAGAGGAACUGAUUUUCAAAGGGAAAAGAAGUUAACCAUGCUACAUCAGAUGAAAAAAAUCUAACCUUUGACAGUAAUUGCUAUUUAUUUUGCAUCCCGGUACAAGCUUGUUACAUAGAAAACAUCUUUUUUUCGCCCACACUACUCCUGACAGUUACUAUAAAAUCGUCGUGUGUUUUAACGAUCUUUUCAAUUGCUACAAUUUCGUUGUCAAAGGUGUUUCCGAGCCAAAAAGAUGAAUUCCUACGAUUAGCGGUCUUUCUAGAUAGUCCUUCGGAGCCAUUCAGUACUUCGUUUCAAUCUCGAAAGCGCAAAAUUAUUACGCAGGCUGGGCUGCCUCUCGUCUCGGCAUACAGACGCAAAAGGAGGUUGAUGAUUUUUCUAGCAAGAGACUGACAAGUGCACAGUUUAUAUACCAUAAUGGAGGAGAUUCUAUGGCUGCGUAUCUUCAACACCAUCAUUGGUAUUGUCGGCGUCUUGGGCAACGGUCUCGUCUGUGUUGUCAUCGGUAAAGUCUCAUCGAUGCACACUCGUACCAACGCCUUCAUCUUCCACCAAGCUGUGGUGGAUCUUCUUGGUUCAUUAAUGACUCUUCUACAGAACGAGGCCCCGAUACCCGACCCCAUGCCCAAUAACGCCCUCGGGUGGGCAGUGUGCCGCGUCUGGUACUCCAGAUUUGCACUUUUCCUCAUUUAUGUGAUAUCAACGUACAACCUGUUGUCGUUGACCAUGGAGCGGUACUUCGCCAUCGUUCACCCGUUCAAGUACCAAGCAGCCUUCGCCAAGCGCCCAAGACUGAAAGUUGGCGUGGUCAUUGCGGCGUGUUGGAUCAUUGGAACAGUAAUUAACUCUUACGUCGCUAACGCAUUUAAGGUACAAGACGGUCGAUGCGUCUCGAGUGCUGCGUAUCGGUCCAAAGUCAUCGGGGGCCUGGUGGCCAUUCUGCAGUACAUCGUGCCGGUGGCAGUGAUGCUGUUUGCGUACAUUCGCACCAGCGUAGAGCUUAAGAGUGGAGCGGCCCGAGUUGGACCGGCACCGGCCAACGUAGGUCCAGCUGCCGGAGCAUCCACCACGGAUGGCAACGCCCAACCAGAAGGUAUGAUGGAGUCCCUACUCCGAGCUAGACGUAAUACCUUCAAGAUGCUCUGGAUCGUGUUCAUCACCUUCCUGGUGUGCUGGACACCAAACCAGGUCCUCUAUCUCGCAUUCAAUCUGGGCUGGAAUCUCAACGUCGAGAAUGGGUUCUACCGUUUGUCUAUAGCGAUGGUGGCUGCCAAUAGCUGCGUCAAUCCGGCCAUCUACGCCUUCAAGUAUCGUCAAUUUCGCAAGGGGUUACGCGAAGUAUUUUGCAGACGACUCAUGCGCCUUGACGAAGCUUCGAAUUCUUGAGCUUUCAUGCAAACAAUGAGAUGAAUGUUUCCAUGAACGCCAGUGGGGG